AUGUCAGAAAUAACUCAACUGAACAGAGAGGAUCCAACCAUCCGGCCAGUCUCUCGGGUGUACCAGUGGUUGUUGGAUACCUCUCAGGAAGACGAUGAAUGCCGUGACGGAAUCAUAACUCGCCUUUUCAAUGCAGGUCACGACCUAUAUACAGCUCUUAUGAGGGCUUCGCCCCCCAGCAAAACUUUAUCCAAGUCAUUAUAUCGUCAACUACAAAGUGGCUAUUCACACUAUAUAGUCUGGGCCCGUGAUUACGACGUUGAAAGUGGAGGACUGGACAGUCUACUUCAGAAUUCCCGGCAGCUUUAUACAUUUGUUGUCGAGAUAUUGGUCAAUACGUGUGUGGCGCUACGCGAUGUUCAAGAUACCUCAGAGUCUUCUGAUAGCGAAAGUGAUACAAGUAGCGACGAGAAUCAAGACAGCAACGAAAAUUUACAAAACACCAUCGAAACGUUGCUAACAGAGAUAGAAUGCUUGUUAGACCUUGGCCCAAGAUUAGAAGAACCCGUAUUUGAUUGUUAUACCGAGGAGCAAACAGCGUCGCUAAGACCCCCUAUUACCUCAGGCCCUGCUAGGCAUUUCGUUGAUAUUGUAUUAACCAAAUUCCCAAAGUGCGACAUUGACCUUGCUAUUGCGCUAGGCCAGGCGAACUGGGAUUCGACACUGAGGCUACAAGAAAAACGGAAUGUUACAAUUACAUUAGAGUCGCCCCAUGAAAUUGCUGUUCAUAAGCCGGCAACAAUUUUCCAGGAUUCCGGCCCGGGGAGUAGCUUGCCUAAAAGAAGCCUCUGUGAAACUACUAUCCUCUCCUCAAAUGGAGGUGACGUCAAUGGAGAUGAGCCUACGGGAGCAAGAAUCCCGCCGCUUCCAAGCGAAAGAGAAGUAGGCCAAUUCUUCUCAUGUAUGAUAUGUGGAGAACAUAUAAAGAAACAAAAUACGAGAGUAUGGAAGAGACAUCUCCUUUCCGACCUCCAGCCUUGGAUAUGUUGCCAGAUCGCCUGUCCAUGUGACCGUAAGCCCUUUGAGACCCGGGGAGAGUGGGUUGAACACCUUUAUAAGGGACAUAAGAGCCAUCCAGAAUGGGAUGAUAAAACGUGCCCGCUAUGCCUUAUGGUCAUUAAUGAGGGUGGUAUUACAACACUUUCCCAUCUCUCACGACACCUGGAAGAAAUAUCUCUGGCAGCCUUACCUUGCUACCCUGAAGAUGAUGAUGAUGAUGAGGAUGAGGAUAAAAGCAUUGCACUAUCACUCGGUAUUGCAUCAAUGAGUCAGAGCAGUUUUGAUGAGAUUACUUCCGAAAGAGGUUUCCGCUGGAUAGAUCCUAGGCUAUCUCAGAUUGAACAACUAAUAAAAGACCCGAUUCCCUCUACCAACGUUGUUGAUAGUACGAGUGAGAACGCGACAGAGACAGCUUCGCGAUCAUCCACUGGCGAGACUGCGAGUGCAAACGGGGGCAGCACUCGAAGUCGAUCACGCCAGUCUGUGCAGAUUGCGGUCAUGCUCAAUGCUCGAACUGUGCGGAGUGGUAGAGAUAUGGGUUGUACGAUAAUAGAUGCUGGUCAAGAAAACGGACCACUACCCAACUAA